UCGCCGCCGGCCGCGCCUCCCCCGCCUCCGCCGUCCUCUGCGGAGCGUCCUCCGUUCGGGCAGCUGCAGCACCGGCUGCCGCUGCGGCAGCUGAUGGCGCGCUGGGCGUGCUGUCGGCUCUCUGAGGACCUGGUGACGUGGCGCGACCAGUGUAGUCCGCCCGAGAGGCCCGCCCACGGCGGCUGGCUCACCCUGCAGCCCGGCUGCGCGUGCUGUAACUCCACCGACAGCGCUGCCGACCAGCUGCUCGAGUGUAUCUGCCACGGCGCCAACAUCACGGCCGUGCCGCAGACGCUGCCCGGCGCCGUCAGCCUCAUAACGCUGACAAUGACCAAUAUCGUGGAGGUGGACCGAGACGACUUCCUGCGGUACGCUGCGCAUCUUCAGGACAUAGUGCUCUCCAAGAACGAGCAGCUCAGGAGGAUCCGAGCCGAUGCGUUCAGAAACUUGCCGCAACUGCUCAGCCUGUAAGUAUUCA